UUUGUGGGCGCCCGGUUCAUUAUACCGUCAAUGGUUAUGUCACGGCUGGUAGUACUUCGGUCGCCUCAGACAUCGGUAGCUCCGCAAACAUUGACCUUUGCAUCGUCAGCGUCGUCGGCGGCCUCAGCGGCCACUACAGCCCAACUGACAACCGGAACCCAACAACAGACAACACUACCAGUGAUUACAAUACCUCAGCAACAGUUGGUCAAUACUGGUGGUGGCGGCGGCGGCUCUGAUAUAAAACUGGUAGCACUGGCCACGACCGACCAAAAAACAUCGGCUACGGCGUCCCAAACAUUGACGACAGCUGCCGACACAACAUCAACUCAAGUGUUACGAGUCGUACCGGUGGUGGCCAAUAAUGCUGCCGUCGUUGCCGCCGCUCCCGCCAGCGGUGACCACGCAUACGGCAAAUAUGGUUAUAAUGGUAACAAUUUUUAUGUCUAUCCUCCUAUCUAUUACCCGGCCUAUGGUCACCACUACGGAGGUGGUGGCUAUCAUUAUACUACUACAACAACUACUACUACUACGACAACACCAGCGCCGACUACUAGUACGACAACCAAACCCCCAUAUCAUCACUACCCGGUCUAUCCCAUAAUGUAUCCGAUGCCCAAUUAUGGCCACCACUAUCCGCCCUAUCCCUAUCCGCCAUCCAAUAAUAACUAUUACUAUACGAAAAAAACGACAACAACUAAAAAACCAUACUAUCCAUCAAAUCCAUACUAUCCGGCCUAUCCUCCCUAUCCGUCGGCCAGCAACUAUGGUGGUGGCCAUCAUCAUCAUCAACACGGUUAUAAUCAUCAUUAUGGCCAUCACGGAAAAUAUUAUCCAAAACCGCCGCACACCUAUGUUGUCUAUAAACCGGCAAAACCUGUUAAAAAUUACUACUACUAUCACAAGCCAUACUAUACAUCAACAACAACAACGACAACCACCAAAAAACCGGACAAAUACUAUAGUGUCGAUCAUCACCAUCACUACUAUCCCUAUAAGUCGACCUAUUAUUAUACCAGUACUACUACACCAUCCUAUUAUCCAUACUAUACUGAUAGCGGAUACGAUGAUAAUAGUGAUGAUGGCUAUGAUAAUGAUAAUUAUAAUAAUAAUAAUGGCUAUUAUGAAACUACCAGCUCUUAUAAUGAUUAUUAUACCACUACUACUACAGCCAAAAGUUACAAUAAUUACUAUAAGAGUUAA